AUGAUUCAAGCCACCAUCCAGAGGGAUCCUGAAGGUUCAGCUACUGACAGAAAAGAUGAUGACGAUGAUGACGAUGACACAAUAAUAAACCUGCAAUUGUUUCCAUAUUCAGAAGCUGGGGAUGAUUUAAAUGAUGGGAUCCUGAAGCGUUCCAGUACCCUGACAAACCGUCAACGUGGCAAUGAAGUCUCUGCUUUGCCAGCUACUUUGGAUACUCUGUCCAUUCACCAGCUUGCAGCUCAGGGUGAACUGAUUUUGUUAAAGGAAAGCCUCCGAAAAGGUGAGAACCUGCUGAACAAGCCCGACGAGCGAGGAUUCACCCCUCUGAUGUGGGCCUCGGCUUUCGGAGAGAUUGAAACCGUCCGCAGCAUGCUAGACUGGGGCGCAGAUCCCCAUCUCCUUGCUAAGGAGCGAGAGAGUGCCUUGUCCCUCGCCAGCACAGGGGGAUACACAGGCAUUGUCACCUUGCUGUUGGAGAAGGCUGUGGACAUCAACACCUAUGAUUGGAAUGGUGGGACUCCGCUGCUUUACGCUGUACGGGGCAACCACGCGAAGUGCGUUGAGGCCUUGCUAGCCCGCGGUGCAGACCUUACCACUGAGGCUGAUUCUGGCUAUACUCCAAUGGACCUUGCGGUGGCUUUGGGUCACAAAAAAGUCCAGCAAGUGAUUGAAAAACACAUCCUCAAGUUAUUGCGGAACAAGGAAAGAGAGGAAAAGGACCUCGAAUCAGAAUGACGAGCGUCUCUUGUUU